UGAAAAGUUUGGUGGAAAGAAAACGUUUGUUGGAUAAAAGAAAGCAUGGGAAAGUUAUAUGAGUGGUUCAGAUAGUGUUAUGAUAGGGCUGGGAUAGCCAUACGACAAGAUGGGAUGACAAGACAUCCUGGGCUGGUCAGCCAUACAGUGACCCCUACACUGGUCAGCCAUACGGCGGCCCCUACACUGGUCAGCCAUACGGUGGCCCCUACACUGGUCAGCCAUACGGUGGCCCCUACACUGGUCAGCCAUACAGUGGCCCCCACACUGGUCAGCCAUACAGUGACCCGUACACUGGUCAGCCAUACGGUGGCCCCCUACACUGGUCAGCCAUACGGUGGCCCCUACACUGGUCAGCCAUACAGUGGCCCCUACACUGGUCAGCCAUACGGUGGCCCCUACACUGGUCAGCCAUACAGUGGCCCCUACACUGGUCAGCCAUACGGUGGCCCCUACACUGGUCAGCCAUACGGUGGCCCCUACACUGGUCAGCCAUACGGUGGCCCCUACACUGGUCAGCCAUACGGUGGCCCCUACACUGGUCAGCCAUACGGUGGCACCUACACUGGUCAGCCAUACGGUGGCCACUACACUGGUCAGCCAUACGGUGGCCCCUACACUGGUCAGCCAUACGGUGGCCCCUACACUGGUCAGCCAUACGGUGGCCCCUACACUGGUCAGCCAUACGGUGACCCCUACACUGGUCAGCCAUACGGUGACCCCUACACUGGUCAGCCAUACGGUGGCCCCUACACUGGUCAGCCAUACGGUGACCCCUACACUGGUCAGCCAUACAGUGACCCCUACACUGGUCAGCCAUACAGUGACCCCUACACUGGUCAGCCAUACAGUGACCCCUACACUGGUCAGCCAUACAGUGACCCCUACACUGGUCAGCCAUACAGUGACCCCUACACUGGUCAGCCAUACAGUGACCCCUACACUGGUCAGCCAUACAGUGACCCCUACACUGGUCAGCCAUACAGUGACCCCUACACUGGUCAGCCAUACAGUGACCCCUACACUGGUCAGCCAUACAGUGACCCCUACACUGGUCAGCCAUACAGUGACCCCCUACGCUGGUUACAUUACGUCACACGGCUCCCAUAUACCUCAACCAAUCUUUACCAAAUGUACAUUAAGAAUGUGUGA